UGGCACCCUGUUCGCCCCGACCUGAGUGUCUGCGCUAUGAGUGAGGCGAUUGGCACAUCGCUGGGAAUUGUGGCGUAGCCAUUCCCUCAACCUCGUAGUUUAUUGAUCUUUUUAUAAUCGGCGGGCUCGUAGAGUAUAGCUUAAUAGAGGGGUUAACUUGCCCCGCCUGCCGCCGGUUUGCGAACUGGAUAAAGCUCGGAGGCCCUUUCAAUCUCCCCAAGGUUACAAAAAAAAAACUUUUUCUGAAGUCUCCCAAUGCAAAUCCAAAAAUGGUGGGUAUGUAAAGCCAUUCACAAAAUGGAUGCAGAUAUGCGACUCGCAAAAGCCAAAAAGCAGAUCGCAGCUUUUCAAGCUUUUGGAUGAGUUUACAGUGUUCAUGUAGGUCAGAUUCAUAUCGGAAAUAACGCACUGCUACUUAUACUUCACAGCUACUACUACAUGUCCGAAUACCGAAAUGCUUCUGUAUGUAGACAUUUUGACUCCGUACCAGAGGUUUAUUAUGGUUUUCGUCAGUGUCCUUGUUCAUAUCCCUCUUGACCUCGCACCAGAACCUAGCGAAGGAAGGACAGUACGCGAUGCGUGAAGAAGUGAGAUUUAUUGAUGGUAAUGGAACGUCCGCUGAACUACAACUACAGCGGAUGUUUGAUGCCGAUUGGAAAAAAUUUGCGAACGAGAAAGAUACGAGCUUGUCUAGCAAAGAUACACAUAAAGAUGGUGAUGAGAUCUUGCAGUAAGUAAGUACUUGAUGAAUCUGAGCCCGUUCUUAUUCUUUGGGUAUCAUGCAAGCACGGGAACAAGAACUUUUGCGACAGACUGAGUUUCGACACUAUCUAUGUCUACAACAAUCAGAACUCAGAAAGUCUACACAACCAGCUCACUAGUUGUCACUCUAGCGACCCCUCCCUCUACCAGCAUGGUCUGUUUAGUUUUGAAAGUGGCCAUCUUAUAGGUAUGCGGCGCGCUCACGUUUAGGGCUUCUGCCGGUUUUAUUGUAGUUGUGGCACCUCUUUUGUCGUUCGCUACAUGCGCAACCCUGUUGGGAUUGCUGGGGAACCUGUUAGGGUGGAACUUAGUGCUUUACACUCGAGUCGUGCUACUACUGGGGACUGUGGGCUAUGCACUCUCAAAGAUACUGUUUUCUCAGGGGCCUACGAACGAGUGGAAGCUCGCAACAUUCAAGGUAAUCAACGCCCACUAGUUACUUGUAUCACAGUACUGAAAAACUUCUGCUAGGAAUACAACCUCAACCACGUUUGUAGUCAGCCACAGAAUACUGCAGACUGGAGUCUUGGGGAUUUCCUGGCCAACGAACGUGCAGAAAAGGUAGAUAGUGAGCUGCUUAAGGUAUUGCUAGAAAGCAACAGCAUCGAGCACACAGCAGUCUCACGAACGCAGUAAAAGAACGUCAAGAUGCUGAUUCCAAGAAAGCGUAAGAAAUUUAUUGGACCACAAGAGCAGUCGAGUACUCUUGUGCAGAAUUUUGACUUACAAGCUCCUUUGUCGUCCUCCACUAGAUUCGACUAAGUACAAUCGUAGAUAAAUGAAAUUAAAUACCACCCAUCUUCUCCAUUUUUUUAUAAUAGUUCUUACAUUUUUAUCAGUUCUUACGAAUAAUAACAUUAUCAGUUCUUACAAUAUAAGUAUUUAUGAUAAGUUGAUGUAUGAAUUAAAUGGCCGUGUAGUUUUUAAUACAUGACAAGAAAGUGAUCGAGUAGACUCAAUACACAGUGAACUGUGCACAAAUUUUGACCUUUUUGAAAAGUCCGAUACUACAAGUUAACUUGAAUACAAGAAU